AGAAGGCUUGGAAUCGGAGGCCGAGAGCCUGGAGACUAACAGCUGUUCGGAAGAGGAGCUCAGCAGCCCGGGCCGUGGAGGAGGAGGGGGUGGCCGGCUUCUGUUGCAGCCCCCGGGCCCCGAACUACCCCCGGUGCCCUUCCCGCUGCAGGACUUGGUCCCUCCAGGGCGCCUGAGCCGAGGGGAGUAUCAGCCUCAGCAGCCUCCCCCACCGCCGCCGCCUCCCGGGCCCCUCCGGCCCCUCGCGGGCCCUUCUCGGAAGGGCUCCUUCAAAAUCCGUCUCAGUCGCCUGUUUCGCACGAAGAGCUGCAACGGCGGCUCGGGCGGGGGGGAGGGGACCGGCAAGAGGCCUUCUGGAGAUCUGGCAGCUUCAGCUGCGAGCCUGACGGACAUGGGAGGCUCUGCGGGCCGGGAGCUGGAUGCGGGGAGGAAACCCAGGUUGACAAGAACUCAAAGUGCCUUUUCUCCGGUCUCCUUCAGCCCCUUGUUCACAGGUGAGACAGUGUCGCUUGUGGAUGUGGACAUUUCUCAGCGGGGCCUGACCUCUCCACACCCUCCAACUCCCCCUCCUCCUCCAAGAAGAAGCCUCAGCCUCCUAGAUGAUAUCAGUGGGACGCUGCCUACAUCUGUCCUUGUGGCUCCGAUGGGGUCUUCCUUGCAGUCUUUCCCCCUACCUCCGCCUCCUCCACCCCACGCCCCAGAUGCAUUUCCCCGGAUUGCUCCCAUCCGAGCAUCGGAAUCCCUGCACAGCCAACCCCCUCAGCACCUCCAGUGUCCCCUCUACCGGCCCGACUCAAGCAGCUUUGCAGCCAGCCUGCGAGAGCUGGAGAAGUGUGGUUGGUAUUGGGGACCUAUGAAUUGGGAGGAUGCAGAGAUGAAGCUAAAAGGGAAACCAGAUGGUUCUUUCCUGGUACGAGACAGCUCUGAUCCUCGUUACAUCCUGAGCCUCAGCUUUCGAUCACAGGGUAUCACCCAUCACACUAGAAUGGAGCACUAUAGAGGAACCUUCAGCUUAUGGUGCCACCCCAAGUUUGAGGAUCGCUGUCAGUCUGUGGUAGAGUUCAUCAAGAGAGCCAUCAUGCACUCCAAGAAUGGGAAAUUUCUCUAUUUUUUGAGAUCCAGGGUUCCAGGACUGCCACCAACACCGGUACAGCUGCUCUAUCCAGUAUCCAGAUUCAGCAAUGUCAAGUCCCUCCAGCAUCUUUGCAGAUUCCGGAUCCGGCAACUUGUCCGAAUAGAUCAUAUCCCGGAUCUCCCACUGCCUAAACCUCUGAUCUCUUACAUCCGAAAGUUCUACUACUAUGAUCCUCAGGAAGAGGUGUAUCUAUCCCUAAAGGAAGCCCAGCUCAUUUCCAAACAGAAGCAAGAGGUGGAGCCCUCCACGUAGCAGCCUCCACAAAAGCUGUUCAACACAAAGGCGUUUUGAUUGCCAAGCUCCGGUUUGAAGAACCAAAUGAAGCUACCACAAAGAAGAACUUGGCAGAAAGAGAAUAGAGAGGGGUGUGAUUCCGGCACAGACUUUGGCUCCCCUGCAGCUCUGGGGCUUGGAAGAAGCACACAACUAUCCUCCAAGUGGAGCUCCCCAUUCUACCCAACCCUGUGUCGUCCUCGCCCCCCACCUCCCAGAACUAGAUGAGCUCCUUGGAAAACUGGAAGAAGUCUUAACACUGUUUCUUUUCAGAAGUUAUGUUUUGAUAUUUACAUUUCUCAGUGUAGAAAACUCAGUGGAAGGCAGCUGGGGUUAAUACCCAUUGAGUUGAAAGUGGUGUUGGGAUGAGCAGGUCAGGGAGAGGGGAGGGGAGGGCUGGUGGUUCAGCUGGCGCCAAAGGCAGCAUUGAGUCUUUUCCAUGAACCUGGUGGAGGGGUGGGGGGCAGAGAAGUAGAGAAGAAAGAGAUUGGUAGUUUCUGAGGAAAGGCAUCUGAUUCUCAUCUCCAGCUUGAGGAGGAGAGAAGGGGUGGUGGGUAAAAGAGAAGCUGGCUGGUCCUGUCUGCUGGAGGAGUAGUGACUCCCCACUCCCUUCUAAGAGUUACAAACCUGGUUUCAGAAUCGCCUCUCAUGUUCAUUUUGUUGUGCUAAAUUCCUUAAGCUCAGUGACCCGAAGCAAACCCAGUUCUCCCUCCCCCUUCCCUCCCCCCUCAGUAACUGUACAUUUCCUCCUAUUGCUUCUGCCAGCUGUCAAGGCAGUGGUGUUUCUUGUCACCUGGGCAGUUCAGUGCUCCAGUCCUGGGCUGCCAGGUUAAUGAGCAUGCUUCCAGGUUCUUCACGGCAAAGCAAAGUACGUACAGCUGAGGAAUCCGUGUUCCCCCAUCCAUCAGCUUCUGAGAGGAAAUGUGGAGGAAGUGAGAAACAGCUACUGUGCUUCUAAAGGAGCCUUCGUAUCUCAGCCUUAAUGGGAUUAACACGGUGACGUACAGAGAGAGAGAGCAAACAUGGUGACAUACAGAGAGAGAGAGCAUCGAGUCUCACAUCACGGGUUUAUCACUGUAAUCCCACCUCUGGGAUGGGAGGUGGCAAGGGCUUCCUCAUUUUCCCACAUUCCUUCUUGCAACCCAGACAUUUCCCGAGUCCGACCCCAUGGCCCUUCCUUUACUGGUGUGUCUGUCAGUUGCUGAUUUGAAGUCACCUGUUUUCCAGAUGGAUGUGAAGGGAGGAAAGAACUUUGGUGCUUGAGCUGUCUUUGUGUCUGAAACUGGCCAUGGCCAGUCGUAGGCUACAUAGGUAUGCUCUCCUAAAGAGUUACUCUGGAAGAAGUAACUGUCAAGAUGGACAGUGGAGCUGUUGGGUCUUUCUUACUCUCCUGUAGUGUUUCAUGUGACAGCCUCCUGCGUUCUCUUUGCUUGUGUCUGUCUCAUAUGACAAACUAAACAUAGUCAGGUUGGAGUUCUAGAUGGUUUAGGGUGAAGCUCUGUGUCUUGAAAACUUAGAAAACUAUAUCAUCUGGAAAGUGGCCUGUGGGCUUCCUCUGUGUAGAGUCACCUUCUUCCUUAGCCAAACAGAAAAGAAAUGAACUGUGUAUGUGUUAGUUAGACCACUUCUGACUUCCUCAAGAUGGGUCUCAUGGUACCCUUUUCCUCCUUGAUUCAGAGAUUGACAUACCUGUGAGUUCUGCCUCUGGAGGGUACAGGUCACAAACCAUCAUACACACGGAAUGGGUCGAUCUGCAAUAGAGCCCCAAAUCUAGAAUCCAUAGAGAUCUUAAAGUGGUUAGUAUGUAGUUUGGAGGGAUUCUCUCUCCAGUUUCAGUCACCCAUAAUUUAAAAAGUAGUUUUCAUCCUGUGUUUGCAUGGCUCUGAGAUAUAGGUACUGUGGAAUGGCAUAUGAGGUAGAAGACAAGAUCCCUUCCCUGAACUAUAUAUAAAGUGACAUGCAUAUAAAGGAAUUGGAAAGCAACUCAUUGCAGCAGAAGAUCAAGGACCAUCUUUAAAGACAGAGUGGGUGUGAUCAGGGUAGACCAGAUGGUCUCGGAAAGCUCUGUGGUGAUGAGGCUUUGGGUUGUAGGCGAGGGCAGUGUAGCAGAACACUCAAACUAAAGUACAGAAGGAGAAAUCUGUGGCAAGUGUGCAGCUGCCUUAAAUAGCAGCAUCAGAGUCCUGUUUGACCACAGCAAAGGUCUAGACUGCAACUUCCCAGUAGUUGAACAGGUCUGAAGGCUAAGGGGGUGUGAAGGUGUGGUGAAGGACAAAACUAGAAGUCAGCAGACACCCCUGUGGUCCUGGGUUACCAGUGGAGAAUUUAUAUACUCAAGUGCAAACCAGACCUGUGCGGAGCAUGGGCAACUCACUGUUUUUGUCCUAGGAAAGUGUCCUGCUGCACUGUGCUCAUGAUCUGCAUGUGUUUCAGACACAGCCCAACUACAGUGUGGGAGAUGGCUCCGUGAGGCAUGGCUUGGCACCUGGGAGGCCUUGUGUAGAAGGGAGUGGUUGGGGAGAGCAGUUGAGGCCGUUGACUACUGCAGGCUGGCUAGACAAUGGAAGCAGGAGCAAGGCCAGAAGUCAGCAUUUGUCUUCGCCCUCUGCCUAUGCUGGGCAGUGCUAGUGGAAAUGCAGUCCACAGAGGGGACUCACUUGUCUUUGGUGGUUAUGUACCAGCCACAAACCAGGAAAGGCCAUCACUUCUAGAGACCUGCUGUGGAUUUCUGAGUUGUGGUUGGGGAGUCACUACUCCCAGGAGCAGCCUAUGCAACCUUCAUUUGUUUAUAACUGAUCAUUUGUAACCUUCCUCAAGAUGGGUAUGUGCCAGUGUAAGCUAGUGGCAGCCACUGCUGCAACCUAUUACAACUUGAAAUGCAUGUCUGCUGGUAGCAUAGGAAUGAGGGGAGCAGGGGCUUGGCUGUGGGGUCCAGCUGACCUGGUUUGAUAUUUAGGCUGACCAUGGCCUAGUUUGCUGCUUAUGCCAAGGUGAAGUAAAUGUAGAUGGCAAUGCCAGCCUCUUUAAAGAUCUUGGAAGUGUCCUGUUUCCCCUUUCCCACUGUCACUUAGGCUAAGCCACUGUUUGAGGCCAAGCAGUGAGUGAUGGGAUGGAUGGCUACACAUUCUCCUCAGAUACACAUCCCUUAAGGACUGGAGAAUAGUUCAGAGUACAGUCCCAGGAAGUACCCCGGGGAGCCAACACCCUUUCAGCCUUUCCCCAUGCUCCUAGAAGGGCCUGCUUGAAGCCCCUAUCCCAAUGGGAAGUAGGGACAGGAGAAACUUCCCCCAGGUAAGAUAUUUUCCUUCCUUGUUGCCUCUCCUGACCUUUGAACCCAGGAGUCAGAGGUCAAGUCACUGAGAUGUAAGGAGCUGCCGCAAGUUCUGGAAGUCUGCGUGAAUGUGUCCUCAUUUGUAGAAGUCUUGUCUGCAGUCGGAGUGUUGAGAGCAUCUCCACUAGCAGGGACUAGGAUUUGUUUUCCACUUUAAGAGAAUGGCAUGCCCCCUGUGUGGAGGGGAAGAGCUCUGAGUUAGACAUUUUCCCUAUGGGAAUCCUCUUGGUUUGGUUUGUGGGAAGAGGGGAGUGGAUAAAUGGUUUUUAUUUCUAGUCAUCAACACAGCUGUCCUUACACUAAAUUUGUGCUAUUGCAUACAUGUAGCCAUCUUUCUUUUCACUGCAGCAGUGUUUAUCAGUAGUUCAAAAUGAUUUAUUUGCUCCUGGGGAGUAAAACCUUUUUUAUUAAAAAGAGAAAAAAAAAAGGAAAAAAAAAAAGAAAAAGAAAGAAAGAAAGAAAGGUAUGCCCCAUUAAGAUAGCUGUAGGAUUAUUGGGCCACAAGAGUCAAGUCUGCAAGUCCCCAUGGUACAUCCCGUUUUGGCAUUGGAGCCUUUGUGCUCAGUACAGUGUGCCAGGAGGCCUUCCUUGAACACGUGGAGAACAUUUUGGGGAGUGAGAUGGGAAUGAGUCACCGAGGGCUCUGGGAACUCAGUACUGCAGUUGAAAAUAGAGUACUGAUUCUGUAGUCCGCCAGAGAAGGGAACCUUUCUUUACAUGCAGAUUUCAUGUGUCCUUGACUUUUCAUUGCUUCCUGGUGUCCUGGGUAGGGGUCACCUAGUUUUCUUCUGGUGUCCCUCUUGUCUUUCCUGUCCUUUGUCCUGUCCCUUCCCACUUCAUCUACCUCCCGGAAAGCCAAUCCCGCAUGCUGAGUUUGUGACAUGCCUUCACUCCCAUUUCAUCUUAGAGGGUUUUAAGGGUCCCUGGAGCUGCUCCCUGCCCACCUAUCCUCCUCACAAUGCCAAGAGGCAUCAAGGAGCAAACAAAAGCAGCCAGCUGUAGCGGGCAGACAGCAACAUUGGAUCGCAGCUGGACUGCGAUGGCAGCUGCUUCUGGAGACAGAUAGGGAAAAUAAGACACUUCUUCAGCCCACUUGGGUGUGACCCCUACUGUGCACACAGCUCAGUGGACAGUGGGUUGGUCUGACCACUCCAUCCCUGGUGCUCCCAAGAGGGACAGGCAAGAUCCAGGCACCGCACUGGGCAGGCCAGACAUUGGGAUGCCCACACUGGUGCUGCAAGGCACAGGCACUGCUGUGCAUUCUGGUGGUUUUUCAGAAACUCCAUGCUGAGGGGUGUCAUUCUGGACUCAGUGGUUAGGGGGUUCUUCACUAGAGGGGAGCCAUACUCCUGCAACCACUCUGUCUGGCUUAGCCACCCCUGCCCUCCGAGCCAAAGCGUGGCCUGGUUUUUGUCUUCCCAUUUAGUUUUCCUCCUUUAUUCUCCCUUUUUGUGCUUAAUUUAUUAAAAUAGUUGCUGUAUAAUUUAUUUUCAUAAAGUAUAAAAAUAACUAAAUGGUUAAAAUAGACUUGCAGGCCAAUCUUAAAUGGGUGGGGGGGUCUGGGGUGGGAUGGGGAAAGGGAAAGAUGUUUUGAUAUAAACAAAUGCACUUUGGGUGUGUUUUGGUAUUUUUCUGGGCAUAGAGGGGUGGGUGUUGGGAUGUCCCUAUAGAUUAGUUCCAGAAUGGGGUGUUUGUAAAUACUGUAUUAAUAGGCAUGUUUGACUCUUGUAAAAGGGACAUUAGUAGCUGCUGCAGGUCCUGUUUGGAAACCCUGUGUAUAAUUCCCGGUUUUUUGUAAGUGUCAGUGCGGGAGACAUUUGACUCUUGUGUUUGUAUCUCCUUUUUAUGAUUGCUGUACCGACCCAUGUCUUUUUGGGGAGGGAUGAAAAAGAGAUUUGAAAUAAAAAUGUUUAGAAAUGA